AUGAGCACUCACUUUCCAAUUAAUCCCAAUGUCAAGGAACUAUUUGAUACCAUAGAUCUUCUAUGGUCCAUGAAAGAAGAAAGCCUUGGAGAAAUAUUUGAAAAAGUCAAAUAUUGCAUUGACCAUAAUUAUCUAGACGCGUACCACUUUGCAGAAAUAGGAAAUUUAUUAUAUAUGAUCGAUGUCAGACUCAUAGAAACUAUAUGCAAAUACGAAGAAUCUUUAUUUAUGAAUUACAAUUUAGAAUAUGAGAAUUGUCAUUUUAUUUUCAGACCAAGACUACGUUCAGCACUUAUACUUAUGAAUGUUAUUGUCGAUAUAAUACCUGAACAAUUCGAAGAGAUGACACUUCCAGAUUUAUUAAAUCCAAUCAAAGAAGGAACAAUUAUUCAUGCAUUAGUAUUUGAUAAUCUUGACGAACUAGUUCAAUCUCUUACACUUAGCAGGUCAGAUCCAAAUAGUUUCAUUGAAGAUGACAUUUCAUUUUUAGAUUUUUCAGCAAAGCAUAACAGCUUGAAAUGUUUUGACUAUUUACUAUCCAAAGGUGCCAAAAUCACCAACAAUACGCUCAGAUAUUCCUUAUUUUCAGAUAAUACUCAACUAAUCGAAAAAAUUUUAACCAAAGUCCAGAUGACGAACAGCACCAUCGACACUUGCAUACUAACACACAACAUGAAGUUGGCGACAUGGAUACGUGAUACGAAGAAAAUUGCGCCAAUGUUCCACGAUUGCGCCAGAUUGUAUGACUUCAACCUGAUGUUUGACAAGAUCAACCGCAAGAACAACGUCAACUUCGUCGACAAAGAGUCAAACACAGUUCUAAACGCAUUGGCUAGAUUUGGUGUCACUUUUUUGGUAAAAACCUUCAUUGAUUUCGAAGCGAAGCCAAAUCUUUUGCCUCCGAACGGCUCACUCCCUCUCGUCGACGCUGUUGUCAGCGGUUUCCUGGAUACAGUAAUCUGCCUAAUAAAAUGCGGUGCAGAAAUAAACGUGACAGAUAAAGACGGUUUGACAAUACAGCAUUAUUCGUGUUUUGGGACAUUAGACGUUGUCAAGUACUUCUACAAGAAGGAGCAUUUGCCUUACGAUGUCGUCGACUCUGUUGAAAACUGGACUCCAAUUUUCUACGCUGUAAAAUAUGGAAAAUUUGACAUUGUAAACUAUUUACUUGACAAAAAAGAGAAUAUCAAGAUCAAAGACAAAAACAAGAGAUCGUUACUCCGUGUUGCCGUGGAAUACAAACAGCCGUCAAUCGUCCAUUUACUCCUGAUGAAAGGGGAGAUGGAUCCAAAUGAAAAAUGGGCAAAUGGAUUGACGCUUUUGAUGCAAUCUAUAGACAACAACGAUGAAGACACAGCAAUAAGACUUGUAGAGUAUGGUGCCGAAUUCAACAAAGCUGACAAAGAUAAGAAAUAUCCUUUGAUUCAAGCUUUGUACAAAGGACACUUCGAUCUCGCUGUCGAAAUGAUUUUGAGGAAAGCGAAUGUUAACUGCGCUGACAGAACAGGAAUGACUCCUUUAGGCGUUUGCUGCAAGUACGGUGAUUAUGAUAUGGCAAAGAUUCUCAUUGAAAGAGGUGCAAACAUCAACUGCGAUUUAGGAAAUGGAAUGAAUAUUUUGUACAUGGCAGCAACUUCGCAAAAUUUCAAUAUCGUUGAAUUACUUGCAGGCAACAAUGUUGAUAUGAAUCAGAGGCAGACUUUGUUGGCUCCUCCUUUGAACAUCAUUGUUACAUACGAGAAAUACGAUUUGUUAAAGAAAAUGCUGCAAAUCAAGCCAUGUAACAUUGAUUACACAGGAAUAGGAGAAGUAAAUGCUUUGAUGGCAUCUGUAGAAAUGAAUCUUUGUGAAGCAGUAAAUAUUCUCUUGGAUUACGGAGCAAAUAUCGAAUUUGUAACUAAAACAGAAAAGGAUACACCUCUCUUGAGAUGCUGCAGAUUCGAUUGCAGCGAUGUUCUCAAGGUGUUGAUAAGAAGAGGCGCAAGAUUGGAUGUGAAAUGCGCUGGUGGAUUUUCACCAGUUCACCUUGCAAGUUCUACAAAUUCCUUCAACUCUUUGAAAGUUCUUAUUGAUAAUGGUUGUGAUAUCAAUGUCAAACAUAGCCAGGGACUGAAUGCCUUGGGAAUGGCCUGCACACAAGGGGCUCUUGGCAGUGUAAAGACUCUGUUGAAGGCCGGCAUCGAUGUCAACAGUUUGAACUCUCUAGUUAUUCCUCAUCUCUUCACGAGCGAAGAAAACAUGAGUGAUAUCAGCACGAAAAUCAUUUGUUUCCUUAUUAAAUAUGGUUUGAAUGUAAAUGUCGCAUAUGAAGGCGGCAUCACAAUCAAAGAGCUAGCAUUGUCGAAAAAGAACAAUGAAGUUUUGAGGUACUUGAUUAGAUAUGAUAGAGAUCCGAUGAUUAGACUUUUGGGAUCGAAUUUUGAUCUGAUCGCAAAUCAGCUGAUGCAGCUUCCGCCGUCGUUCGAUGAGGAUGAUUGGGAAGAUAUGGGCGAAUUGCAGUACCACGGAAAGCCUGUUUCAACUGGAAAAGGAAAGCCAGUAAGAGGAAAAGAAAAUACUGACGAUUUUCCACUUCCUUUCCAGAUGGGUGGAUCUGGUGAUGGAUCUGCUCCUGAUAUUGGACAAGCUCUUGGAAGUCUUCUCAAGUUCUUCAAGAAAUAA